AUGUAAAAGCUUAAGUAUAUAGAACUAGGUGAUAGCUAGUCAUAGUCAAGCCAAAAUGAAGAUUUAUUUAGCAAAAGAUCAGAUGAAAUGAAAGAUUACCUUGAGCACCAAGAUCUGGCUCAUAAUUCAAAAUUAGUUUUUUAGGAUGUGAAUAGGUAAUUAUUUGAAGUAGAAUUAAAAAAAGAUGAAGAAGAAACCACAAAAAAGAUAUUACUUUAUGUAAGAUAUCUUGAAUAGCUUUAAAACUAUAAUGAAAUGCUUUCUAACCGAUCCAUCAAGUUAUAAGCAAUAUCUUCAAAGUAUUUAUUAAAAUUCUUGAAGUAUGACGUUGUAUAAGAUGAUAAUCUACCUUUAGUAGUUUAGCAUUUAGAAUCUAACAGUUAAAGAUAGCCUUUUAGCGAAAUUUAUAAAGGAUCCAUACCAAUAGAUCAUAUCUUAAAAAUUUUAAAGAGGCUAAUUAAAAUUGUUACAUAUCUUCAUUAACAAGGAAUAUCUCAACUCGACUUAAAUGAGAGAAAUUUUGAAAUUGAUAGCCAAAGUUAAAAACCCAUUUUGAUAGGCAUUCCAUUAUGUGCAAAACAAAAUAUUUCUGAAAUGGAAGCAUGUUUUUAAGAUUUUUAAGAGUUAGGUUAGCUCAUGCUUAAAUUUAUUAACAACUCAAAUGCUACUUAUGCAAAUGAACUCAGCUUCGAGUAGAUGAGAUUAAAGACAUGUGUAUUAUAGAUUUGUUAGGAGUUUAUUCAGUGCCGCUAAUUUAAAAAAGGAAUUCAUGAAUUUGUUGUGAAGCAGAUGAAUAGAUUAACAUGUAUAAAGCAAAUUUGCAAGAGCAUUUCUUAAAGUGUUGAAUAAAUCAGCGUUCAAUCAUUCAUCCCAUAAAGAAAAACACAGGAAGAAUUUCAUAAGUAAAUUGAAGCUUUAGAAAUCGAAAUUCUUGGAUCUAUCCCAGAGCAUUACUAAAAUAACUAAUCCUUUGAAGUAAAAUCAUGCAAAGAUAGAUGGAAAAAUUAAAUUAUUUGCUCUGUCACAAGUCUUUUUAUAGUUUUGGUGAUUUUAUUCUUUUGGAAACAAAGCUAAAAUCCUUUUGAAUGUAUCAGAGUAGACGAAUCUUUAUAUUGUAAAGUGAAUUUAGAAAAAUAGGGCUUUUUAUUUUAAGAUAUUGAGCUAGAUAUUUAGGUUAGGAAUUUAACAAUUGACUUUUCAAAUAGCUUUAUAAAUGCUGAUAAAAUUAUAUCUUUACUAAGUAAAAUUUAGCCUUAUUCUUUGCAAUACUUUAUGAUAGAUUUAUAGAAUAAUGAUGUAUCUAAAGAAGGUUUGUUAACUCUGUUUUAGUAUUUGCAAAAAUAUCGUAAAGCAUAUGAAGUGAAACUAAAUCUGGUGAAUACGACAUUAGAUAAUGAAUAUUUUGCUAAGUAUUAAAAUAAUACUAAGGAGGCAUAUCUAAUUAUCGAUGAUUUAAUAAAAGAAUAUGAACUAGUUAAAUAAAAGAUAGCUUAAUUUUCAAUUAAUAGUAAUUUUUCAUCUUAUUUUAAUGCUGCUUUGUAUAUUUAAAAUGUUGAUAACACAUAAUAGCUUGGCAAUUACAUCUAUCUAAAAAAUUAUGAUUUAAAAGAUGAAGAAUUCUAUUAUAUUUUUGAAAAGCUAUUUAAAGUGAGAAGCUAAAGGAUUUAUGUUGAUAUUAAUUUAGAAGAGAAUUAAAUUGAUGGCUCUUCACUCGCAAAAAUAAUGAAGAAUUUCAUAAAUAAAUAACCGAAUAUCACAAGUUUAAACUUAAAGUUCAGCUAUAAUCCUAUCAAGAUGGAACAUUUUUAAUAGAUUAUAUAAUUGAUUUAAGAAAAUAAUAAUUUAGUUUUUGCUGAUUUAGAAUUUGACUUAAACCCUUUUAAUAUUGAUCAAAACGAGUUCUUAAAUUUAAUUUUCUUUAAGAAAAAUAAAAGUCAAAAAUUAGAAUCAUUCAAUAUUAAAAUAGUUUAACCACAUUUUAAGAAUUUAUAUCAAAUUUCUAAAUACUUGGUAUCUAAAAACUUACCUUUUGGUAUAGAUGCAUUGGUUAGUAAUUUUAGCGAUAUUAAUGAAUUCCAAAGAGAUUUCCCAUUAAACCAAGAAUACUGUUAGGCUGAACUUCCAUAAAGAGUCUAAAAUUCUAAAAUUUAGAUACAUAAAAUGGAAAUAAAAACUCAACAAAGUGAAAUUUUAACAGAAAAGAGUAAAUUUAAUUUCAAAAUAUGCCAAGAUUAAAAAUAAAUUGAGGAGUCUUUGUAGACCUCUUUAUUGAUAAAGGUUUAAAAGUAGUUCUUAUAAAAAAGUAUUAGAAUAUUUGACGAUAAAUAAAGCAAAAACUUUUUCAUAGAUAUAAACAGAUAAGAAUUUAUAUCAAAUUUGUAAAAUGAUAUGAUUAUCAAUACUAUCUAACCUUAAAAUCAAAAUGAAUUCAAAUUUAAAUAGUUUAUUUUUGAAGGAUACCAUAUUUCUGAUUUAACUGCUUAAAAUAUUGUUGAACUAAUUAAAAAUAACAAGCACUUAAAUGAAGUUGAUUUAUCAGCUGAAUUUAGUACUAUUUCAUAAAAUUCUAUUAAACUUCUUCUUUCUGUACUAUACUCAGAAGAAAAUAUUAAAUAAUCUCAUUUGAGUUUACAUUAAAGUAUAUUAUAUGAUGAAAAAGAAUACCAAUAAAUAAGUUAACAAUAGGAAAUUGUAGAUUUAGUGGCGGAAAGCAUAGCUAAAUCUAAAAAUCUUUUAGAAUUGCAUAUAUCAUACGAAACAUGCAAUCUAGCUGCAUUUAAUCCAAUUUUUAAUGAAUUUAAAAGCUCUAACUAAUUAAAAAAUCUGACUGUUGAUUUUAAUACUAAAAAUAUUACAGAAUUAGAGUUAAGAAAUUUCUAUUAUACAGCAAGAAGUUUUAAAGAUGAAGGAAAAAAUCUUAAAACCUUUAAUUUAAUCCAUUAAAUAACUGAUUUUAAAAAAAUAUAUUUUGUAUAAAAAUAUUAUGAAUAAAUUUUAUUUGAAAUGAGAGAAAAUAAUGAUGAUAUAUAGAUAAUUGGCUUAGAUGAAUUGAGUGAGUUAAUGAUAUAAGAUUUUAUUGAUGAAAUUAAAAAUUUUAAAACAAAAUAAUUAGUAUUGAAUUUUAAAGAUGAAAUUAAAAACGAGCAAGUAGAUCAAAUUUUCUCAAAAAUUUCUGAAAAUUCUUAUAUAUAAAAACUAUCUCUUUAAUCUUAGUAGUUAUAAAGCAGCAAAAUUAGCUGCAUAAUGUCUAAUCUUUCAAAAAGUUUAUCAAUUACAAACUUAUCUAUUAUAAUUGUCAAACAAAUAGAUGAAGUAGAAAAAUAAAACACAACAGAACAAUCAAUCCAAAAGAUAAUAAAGGAAAUGAAGAAUUUAUAAAUACUCUUCUUAGAGUGCAAUAGUUGUUUUAAGAGUGAAAAAAGCUUCUAAAAGGUUGUCGAUUUAGCUUAUCAAUCAUAAAACUUGCAAGGUAUUAACCUGAUAGAUAAUGAUUUAAUUUUAGGCGGAUAAACUUAUAAAAGAAUCGCAUUGAUUCAAGCUCUCAGUGAAAAAGAAAAGUUUUUCAAAAUACCUCAAUAAUAUUAAUAAACAUUCUAAGAAUAUUUGAAAUAAUUCACAAAUAAUGACAAACAGAUCCUUGAUUUGGUUUAUACACAUUCAGGAUUAGAUGAAUCUUUGCUACUAUUUUUGAAUAAUUAUAUCAAAAAAUAUUAAUCUUCAUUGAAAAAAAUUAAUAUCGAAUUUAAUUAAAAUAAUAUAACCAAUAAUGAAAUUCAUAUUUUGUCAAAAGCUAUUUAAAAUCUAAAUGAUUUGUAAGAAAUAAAAAUAAACUUGUAAAAUAAUAAAAUUAGCAAUGAAGGCUGUAAUGCUCUUUUAAGUAGCUUCGCUUCCUAAACACAUAUUAAGAAUUUUUACUUGAAUUUAAAAGAUAAUGAUUUAGUUGAAUUUGAAUGUUUACCAAAGUUAUUCAAUUUAUUACAAAGUAUAAACGAAAUUUAAGAAAUAUCUUUAAUUUUACCUAACAUUAAUGAAAAUUCUUUUACUGAGAUCCUAAAUAAUUUGUAAAAUAAGCAAUAGUUGCGCAUUAUAUUAAUAGAUGUUGAUGAACUUCUUAUUAAGAUGAAAGAAGCUAAGUUAAUAGGGUCUAAAUUUGGAAAGCAAUAAAAUCUAAAUAGUUUUACAAUUAAAGGUUAAUUCGAAAGGGUAAUUUAAUCAUAUUUCAAACUUUAAAAACUUUAACAAGCUAAUAAUACAGAAUUUGAUUUAGAUUUCUCAAAUACAUUUUAGUACUAUGAAUCAAUAGAAGAAAUAUUUUAAUAAUUAAAUGAGGUUAAAGCGAAACCUUAAAAAUUAGUACUUGACUUUAGCUUGAACUCUAUUUAAGAUGACUCUGUUCAUUUGAUUGGAUCUUAUAUAGAGAAAAAUAUUGAAUCAAUAACUGAUUUAGAAAUUAAUUUAAGUAAUAAUCCUAUUUAUGAUGAAGGAAUUUCAGAAUUAUCUAAAAUCCUUUAGAAAGCAAAAAUAUUAACCAAUUUCACUUUAGACGUUAAAAAUACUAACAUAUCAUUUAAUUUUUUGAAUUCGAUACUUGAGUUAAAAGAAAAUAAUUAGAAUAUUUAUUAGAUUAUAUUAAAGCUAAAUAAUUUAGAUGCAGAAACUCAAAAAAAAGCAGAAAAAUUAUUCUCCUAAUAUAAAGGUGUUUAACUAAUUUUAAAUUCUAAUUGA